AUGCGUACUGUCCACUCGCCCCGACAGAUUCGCAUGUAUGCCAUCGCUCCGGAGGACGAUAUUUAUCCGAUCCGUGAUCUUGUCAAGCAGCGCUCAUAUCCAGAGUCCACGGUGGCUCAGCGAAAGAAGUCACGCAUCUUCAUGGGCACUGGCUAUGCGGGUGGCCGCCAGCUCAAGCUGAUGAACGGUGAUACAAGCAAGUACGGCCGUCACAAGCCUGUUGAGAUUGAUCCAAAGGUGUCUCUGCCCAACACCAACCCUCUACUCGUCAGCAAGCGUAUGAAGGAAGAGCUCUUGAAGAUGCACAUCGCCAACGCCAAGCUCACUGGCUGCAUCAAGAAGUCGCAGAAGGUAAAGUGGGAGGCUAUGUUGGAGCGGGCGCGCCUUGCAGAGCCAGAUGACUUCGACUACGACACUGCUGUGAAGGAGAUCUUGGAUACGUCUGUGGGUGAACUACCGCCAAGCUACAUCUGUCGCAAAUAUUGCUACUGCUACAGCGAGUCCCGUUACCACUCAUUCGAAACCGUUAAAGGCUGGCGCAUCAUGCGCUCUACGUUCCACUCGAAGUCCAGGUUCGAUUAUGAGAACGAUGUCGUCCACGUGAAGGAGACCGAGGGCGAAAAUGCCACUUAA